UGCGAGAUCUGUGCCUCUCCCUCAUCGUCAUCGUUCUUGGAACUCAAAGUUGAAGUCGAAACGAACAUGGCCUGGCGUUGCAGCGGAAAAACCAAUGUCGAACUGGUCGAUAACCUCAUCAAGUCCCAGAUCCUGCAAAUUUCCAGUGAGGCGUCUCUCCUGCGAAUCUCCCAAGCUAUGAAGGCCGUUGACCGGGCCCAUUUUGUGCAAAACACCGCGGACGCCUAUCUUGAUUCGCCCCAGGCUAUCGGGCACGGGGCGACCAUCAGCGCCCCACACAUGCACGCUUAUGCUGUCGACCAUUUACUCCCGUUUUUACGGCCAGGAUCUCGAGUGCUCGAUGUGGGGAGUGGGUCCGGGUAUCUAGCAGCGGUACUGCACCAUCUGGUGACCACAUAUGCUGCCUCCGGCCCUACAGAUCAAUCUGCAACUGCGACAGCUACGGGAAAGGUUGUGGGCAUUGACCAUAUCCCAGAACUGGUUGACUGGUCGCUUGCUAAUCUACGAAAAGACGAGCGGAGUCGACGAGCAGUCGAGCAGCAAGAGAUUCAGAUGAUAUCGGGCGACGGGCGUCUCGGUUAUCCGAAUGAGGGCCCAUAUGACGCGAUCCACCUGGCAACACCUGGUCGGAUGUUCAUUCCCGUUGGAACGUUAUCACAGCACAUCUACCAAGUCGAUAAGGACGCCAACGGCAAUGUCACCAAAACCAAAAUCAUGGCAGUAAAUUAUGUACCUCUGACUGAUCGAGACAAGCAAACACCCUGGUGA